GCUUAUUUUUGGAAUUUAAAAAUCAGUUGUCAGAAUUUUCAAAACACGACUAUUAACCUAUUACGCUCCAUGCUACCGAGUAAAGUUUUUUCAAAUAGAAAUGGAUUAUAAAGAGGAGCAAAACGGUGAAAUCGAAGCUUUGGAAUCGAUUUACUAUGGAGAUGUAGAAAUAAUCGAGACGGAGCCAUUCCAUAAGUUUAAUAUUCCGAUUAAAACUGAGGAAUUUGAAAGUGGAGAGGAUAGUGGUAUGAUGUGUGUUUUACAAUUUACAUACACAGCAAAAUAUCCCGAAGAAGCUCCGAUAAUCGAAAUUGAUGAUGCUGAAAAUUUCGAAGAAGAUGAUCAAUUAAAACUUAUUGAAUAUUUAAAAGAGCAGGUUGACGAAAAUUUGGGUAUGGUAAUGGUUUUUACUUUAGUAUCAGCCGGUCAAGAAUGGUUGAAUGUAAAAUGGGACGGUAUUAAAAAAGAACGGGAAGAAAAUGCGCUUAAAAAAAUUAAAGAAGAGGAAGAAGCUGAAAGGAAACGUUUUGAUGGUACACGUGUUACAGUGGAAACUUUCAUGAAAUGGAAAACACAAUUUGAAAUUGAUAUGGGAAUUGCUAAGAAACGUGAAGCAGAGGCUAAAGAUGGUAAAAAAUUGACGGGGCGAGAAUUAUUUAUGACUGAUAAAACACUUAAUGAAUCUGAUUUGAAAUUCCUUGAUGAUGGAGCUAAUGUCAAAGUUGAUGAAUCAUUAUUCCAAGAUUUAGAUGAUUUGGACUUAGAUGAAGAAGACGAUGAAGAUUUUGAUCCAUACGAUGAAGAUGGCAGUGAAUGCAGUGAUGAUAGUUCAUGAAAAUUUAUUUUUAAGUUGUAUAAAGAUUUUUUAA